AUGCGAGAGAUUCUUCACAUCCAAGGAGGGCAGUGCGGCAACCAGAUCGGUGCCAAGUUCUGGGAAGUGGUGUGCGACGAGCAUGGCGUGGACGCCGGAGGAAUCUACAAGGGCGACUCGCCGCUGCAGCUGGAGCGUGUGAAUGUCUACUAUAACGAAGCCAGCAACGGCCGCUAUGUUCCCCGCGCCGUGCUAUUGGACCUGGAGCCUGGGGUGCUCGACAGCGUGCGAGCAGGGCCGUACGGCAAGAUUUUCCGGCCGGAUAAUUUCGUGUUCGGGCAGACAGGCGCGGGGAACAACUGGGCCAAGGGGCACUACACGGAGGGCGCGGAGUUAAUUGACUCGGUCAUGGACGUCGUGCGCAAGGAGGCGGAGAACAGCGACUGUCUGCAAGGUUUCCAGGUCUGCCAUUCACUAGGCGGCGGCACGGGGUCGGGGAUGGGCACGCUGUUGAUCGCCAAAAUUCGCGAGGAGUACCCGGAUCGCAUGAUGCUGACGUUUUCCGUCUUCCCGUCGCCCAAGGUGUCGGACACGGUCGUCGAGCCGUACAACGCGACGCUAUCGGUGCACCAGCUGGUCGAGAACGCGGACGAGUGCAUGGUGCUCGAUAACGAGGCGCUCUACGACAUCUGCUUCCGCACGCUCAAGCUCGCCAAUCCCAGCUUCGGCGAUCUCAACCACCUCAUCUCCGCAACGAUGAGCGGAAUCACGUGCUGCCUGCGCUUCCCCGGGCAGCUCAACUCGGACCUGCGCAAGCUAGCCGUUAACCUCAUCCCCUUCCCGCGCCUCCACUUCUUCAUGGUCGGCUUCGCGCCGCUCACGUCGCGCGGCUCGCAGCAGUACCGCGCGCUGACGGUUCCCGAGCUCACGCAGCAGAUGUGGGACGCGAAGAACAUGAUGUGCGCCGCGGACCCGCGCCACGGGCGCUACUUAACGGCGUCCGCGAUGUUCCGCGGGAAGAUGAGCACUAAGGAGGUAGACGAGCAGCUCUUAAACGUGCAGAAUAAAAACUCGUCGUAUUUCGUCGAGUGGAUCCCGCACAACGUGAAAUCGUCCGUCUGCGACGUGCCGCCGCGCGGCCUUUCCAUGUCGUCGACGUUCGUCGGAAACAGCACGAGCAUCCAGGAGAUGUUCAAGCGCGUGAGCGAGCAGUUCACGGCGAUGUUCCGGCGAAAGGCCUUCCUUCAUUGGUACACGGGCGAGGGCAUGGACGAAAUGGAAUUCACGGAAGCGGAGAGCAACAUGAACGAUCUAGUGAGUGAGUACCAGCAGUACCAGGAGGCGAGCGCGGACGAGGAAGACGCGGGUGAAUACGAUGCUGAGGUGGCGUAA